AUGCGUAAUUCAUGGGCCAAGUUGAAGCAUCAGACUCGACCAUGUCCCACGCAUAUGCCGAGUUUUUUCGGUGAGAACCACGACCGUGGUGGUAUGUACUAUGGCACUAUGCAGGCCGCUACAGCCCACCACCGCCAGUGGGGACGGCGACCAGACUUGACGUACAGUAUGACAUUGGCGUCAACUAGCUUCGCAACCGCGGCUGUUUGCGACGCUGCGACGCUGCGACGCUUCGACUCUCUCUGUGUCACUUUACUCGCUUCGUCCCCUGCCUGUUUCGACUGCCUUCUGGACCCUCUGGGGUGCCCGUCUCGCCGUGCCGUGGCUCCACCUUCCUUGCAGGUCUGA